CCCCUCCUGCCUCUCUUGUUUUCCUCUUCACUCACAGUUUGCAGACAUGAGCGGACGGGUGGGAGAUCUGAGCCCCCGGCAGGCUGACGCCUUAACCCAGUUUCGGGGGCGGAUCCAGGACCUGGUCCCCGACCUGCCGGCUCAGCACGACCACUACCUCCUGCGCUGGCUCCGAGCUCGGAACUUCAAUGUGGAGAAAGCCGAGGCCAUGAUCAGAAAGCACGCAGAGUUCAGGCGGCAGAUGAAGGUGGACACCCUCGUAUCGGACUGGAAGCCUCCGGAGGUGAUCGAGAAGUACGUGUCCGGAGGGAUGUGCGGUUACGACCGCGAGGGCAGCCCCGUCUGGUACGAUGUGAUUGGUCCUCUGGACCCGAAAGGCCUCCUGCUGUCGUCCACCAAGCAGGACUUCAUGAAGUCCAAGAUCCGCCACACGGAGCUGCUGCGGCGGGAGUGUCAGAGGCAGUCGGAGAAGCUGGGAAAGAAUAUCGAGGCCAUCACUCUGAUCUAUGACUGUGAAGGACUUGGACUGAAGCACAUGUGGAAACCAGCAGUAGAAACUUAUGGAGAGGUCACACACCUGCCCGCUACACACACCUGUGUCACACACCUGCCUGCUACACACACCUGCACUCACCUGUAUGUUAACGUUACGUCUGUUCUCCUGCAGAUCCUCACCAUGUUUGAAGAUAACUACCCUGAAGGGCUGAAACGUGUGUUUGUCAUCAAAGCUCCCAAAAUAUUUCCGAUGGCGUACAGCCUCAUCAAACACUUCCUGUGUGACGAAACACGACGCAAGAUCCUCGUUUUAGGAAGUAACUGGCAGGACGUUCUGCGUGAGCACAUCGAGCCUGAGCAGCUCCCGGUGGCUUAUGGGGGAACGCUGACCGACCCGGACGGAGACCCCCGCUGCAGAACCAUGAUAAACUAUGGCGGCACGGUUCCCCGUUCGUUCUACGUUCGGGACUCGGUGAAGAUUCAGUACGACAGCAGCGUGACCAUCAGCCGAGGAUCCGUCUUCCAGCUGGAGUUCGACGUGACGGCAGCAAGAAGCCUGCUGAGAUGGCAGUUCUGCAGUGACGGGGCAGACAUCGGCUUCGGGGUGUAUCGGCGGACCGGAGACGGCGGCGCUCAGAAGCUGAGCGACAUGCAGCAGGUUCUUCCGAGCGAGCGCUACAACGCUCACCUGGUCCCUGAAGAUAACUGCCUCACCUGCACCGAGCCCGGAGUGUACGUGCUGUGUUUCGAUAACAGCUACAGCAUCCUGCAGUCGAAGAAGGUGAGCUACAACGUGGAGCUUCUUCCCCCGGUGGACGAGGCCUCGCAGAGCGCUCGCAGUCGGGGAGACGGUCGGCGGCAGUGACCCCAAAACACAAAAACAUUCAAAAGAAGAAAAGAAAAAAACCCGAGAUGAAUCCUCACAUCGCCUGACUGAUCUGUGUGCGAUUAUGUGUGAUUAUAUUACACAUAAAAUCCAGGUUAAUUGUGACAGGAAUUCAGUUUGAGUUCAGGAAAGUGCAGCAUGUCAGAGUGAUGCAGAACCACUUCUGUGCAUGAGGUGGCGCCAGUGAGGCACCGCAGUCCGUUCAAUGAAAUAAUCCCAUCUAGACACCAGUUUACAACGCCUGAGGCUAGCCGGUUAGCAUGCUAACAUCAGCACAUCAACUCACCUUCUCCGAUUUUCAACACAAGCUGAAGCUGAACCGACACUCUCCACACUGGACUGUUAGCAGACGUCUCAGGAGCAGCGUUAAGCUGACCCUUGGUUUUCUCCUCCAUAUACAUCUAGAAAAGCUGCGAACGCUUCAAAGCUCUGAGCAUUUUCCAACUCAGCGGAACAUUUUAUGUAAUAAAAAAAACAGGAAUUCAAGGCACAAACUGACAUGUAAAUCAGCCACUGCACUUUAUCAGCUCAAAUUGAGCUGUAAUGGCGCCAAAUGGGCUUAAAAACAUGUAUCGAAAACACAAGAUGUUUCAAAGGAAAAUAUUUCUUGUGUUUAAAACUGUGAUUAUUUAAA